AUGAGCACCACCAAACUGGUCACCGACGUGGAGCGACGGUUUGGGGAGUCGCAGAAUGAACGCGACGCCAGAGUCGAGCGUCUCUGGACCAGAUUGGAUCCUACUGGGAAGGGGGAAUUGGACUUGAAGGGACUGCAGAAGGGAUUUCGGCGCAUUGAUCACCCUUUGAAAAAUGCCGACGAUCUGUUGAAACAGAUUAUGAAGGAGGUUGAUACGAAUCACGAUGGCAAAAUUCAAUAUGAAGAAUUCCGCGGAUUCGUCGAUCGAACCGAGCGACAGCUAUAUUUUCUUUUCCAAGCCAUUGAUAAGGAUGGCAAUGGCAAGCUCGACGCUUCCGAGCUCCAAACCGCCUUUCGCACAGCGGGUCUGAGCGUCUCGAACCGUCGACUGGCCGAUUUCUUUCAUGAUUUGGAUAGGAACAAUGACGGAUAUGUUAGCUUUGAAGAAUGGCGAAACUUUCUCUUGUUCAUGCCUGCUCGUGAAUAUGAUUCCCAACUCCAAGCCGUCCUAUCCUACUACGACUCCGUCGUCAGUGUCACACCCGAGGGAGAUUCUCUUGUCAGUGACGAAACUUUAGAAGGUUUAGGUACGGACGACUUAUCCUCUAGCUCUCUUUUCUAUUCUCUAUUCGGCUCUCUAGUUAGAGUCGCUUCUCCUCUACCUCCUCCGACCGUACCACCUGCAUCUCCCACAGUCCCCAUCCAAGACGACGCAGCAGCAACUGCAGGCACAGACGCAGCCGCAGCAUCAAAAGCAGAUGCUGUGCGAGCCGUAUCAAAACGCGAAAAGAAUGCCGUAGCGGGUGAAGAUGAAGACGGCGACAGCAUUCAAAACGCAACAACAGAUCGGCGACGGUUAGUCGCGACAAAAUCUACACAAAUAGAGCCGUCAAAAUCUACGCAAUCUACACAGCGAGUUGGCGAUGGCACCUCAGAAGAACACAUAGAAGAACAAUCACAAUCUUCGGCGGGAGUUGAAAUAAAACCCCAAAAGAAGUUCAAACUGACAGAUUUUGCUCCUGAUCCAGGUUACUUCCUAGCGGGUGCCAUCGCCGGCGGAGUAUCACGUACGGCCACAGCGCCUCUCGACCGAUUGAAGGUCUACCUGCUUGUCAACACUGCGAGUAGCUCUGAGACUGCUGUUGCCGCCAUCAAGCAAGGCCGACCCGUUGCCGCGGUCAAGAAUGCCUUGAGACCUAUUAGUGACGCCGUGAAAGAUUUGUUCCGCAAUGGAGGCAUGCGUAGCUUUUUUGCAGGUAACGGAUUGAAUGUGAUCAAGAUUAUGCCUGAAACGGCCAUCAAGUUCGGAUCGUACGAAGCGGCCAAGCGAGCGUUGGCGAACUUUGAGGGCCAUGGUGACCCCAGACAUAUUAACUCGUAUUCAAAAUUCACCGCAGGCGGUGUCGCUGGCAUGAUUGCACAAUUUUGCGUUUACCCGCUAGAUACCUUAAAGUUUCGGCUGCAGUGUGAGACUGUCAAAGGUGGACUCACAGGUAGCGCCUUGGUUCGCCAAACGGCUGUCAAGAUGUACGCUGAUGGCGGUAUCCGAGCCUGCUACCGCGGCGUGACUAUGGGUCUCGUGGGCAUGUUCCCGUACAGCGCGAUUGACAUGGGCAUGUUUGAGCUGCUCAAAAAAUCAUAUCAAACGUAUUACGCGAGGUAUGCCGGAUGCCAUGAGGAGGAUGCGACGCCUGGCAACAUUGCCACGGGCAUCAUCGGUGCGACGUCUGGCGCGAUCGGUGCAACAGUUGUUUAUCCACUCAAUGUGGUGCGAACUCGAUUACAGACGCAAGGAACCGUGAUGCAUCAAGCGACGUAUACAGGCAUCUGGGACGUUACCCAAAAGACCAUUCAAAAGGAGGGAUACCGUGGCCUGUAUAAGGGCCUGACACCAAAUCUGCUCAAGGUUGCACCUGCGCUGAGCAUCACCUGGGUGGUUUAUGAGAAUUCAAAGUCAGUUCUCGGGUUGCACUGA